AUGUGCUGCCAAUCACCUGAUUCGCCGAAGCGUGAAGAGUUUGAAUCCAAGACCAAUCACAAAAGAAACCUUAGUGGUGGCACAUCCGAUGCCUCGCCUAUGAGAAGAUCCAAGCGACAGAAAUCCAGCAUCAAUCUCAAGGAGCUGUCUUCCCCGGAGGCAUCGGACGCCGAGGAAGAAUAUACGGCUCCGCCCGUUAAAGAAGAGGCUGUUGACGAAUCUGCCCCAGCUGCUGCUCCCAAGGGAAAGCCAAAGAAGUCUCCUGCCAAGAAAGAAGCCACCGAAGACGCCGACAGCACCAAGCCUGUUAAGAAGGCGAGAAAAACCAAAAAAGAUCAAGAGGCUGAAGCUAUGCCUCUGGCAGCUCGCACCCAGGGUCUGCGCAUGUUCGUUGGCGCACACGUCAGUGCCGCAAAAGGCGUAUUUAAUUCUAUUCAUAACAGCCAUAACAUUGGCGGCAACGCAUUUGCGUUGUUCUUGAAGUCGCAGAGAAAAUGGGACAACCCAGCGCUCCAAGACGAUCACUGUGAUCAAUUCCGUCAGCUGUGCGUUGAAAAGGGCUAUGAUGCAUCCAAGCACAUUCUUCCCCAUGGUUCCUAUCUCGUCAACCUGGCCCAAAGUGACACCGCCAAGUCCAAGCAAGCAUACAACUCAUUCCUAGAUGACCUCCGCCGUUGCGAAGCCCUUGGGAUCUCUCUCUACAACUUCCACCCUGGAAGUACCAACCAGGCUCCCCUCCCAGAGGCACUCGCCCGCCUAGCAAGCACCCUCACCCAAGCCAUCAAGGAAACAACAACAGUUGUCCCGGUCUUGGAAACAAUGUGCGGCCACGGUAACACGAUCGGCGGCGCCCUCUCCGAGUUCCGUGAUCUCUUAGAUCUAAUCCCAAAGGAAUAUCACUCCCGCAUCGGUAUCUGUGUUGAUACCUGCCAUAGCUUUGCAGCCGGCUACGACCUCACCUCUCCAGAGGGCUUCAAGGCCUUCCUCGCAGAAUUUGAUGAGUUGAUUGGCAUUCAAUUUCUCAAAGCCCUACACUUGAACGACUCCAAAGCUCCCCGAGGAAGCAAAAGAGACCUUCACGCCAACAUCGGUACCGGAUUCCUCGGUCUACGUGCAUUCCACAAUGUAAUGAACGAGCCCCGGUUCGAGGGUCUCCCCAUGGUUCUUGAAACACCUAUCGACCGCGUCCCGUGGAAGACCACAGCCAACGAAGACGCCGGAGAAGGUAGUGAGGACGAGGGCAAGAAAAAGGGUGCAAAGAAAGGAUCUAAAGGGACGGGCGCGGCUACCGUUCAAGAUCCAGGUGUCUGGGCACGUGAGAUCAAGCUGCUCGAGUCGCUUAUCGGGAUGGACCCUGAGUGUGAAGAGUUCAAGUCUCUUGAGACUAAGCUUGAAAAGGAGGGUCGUGCGGAACGGGCCAAACAUCAGGAUCAGUAUGAACGGAAGCUUGAGGCGGAUGAGAAGAAGAAGGCUAAGGGGCCUGCUAAGCCGAGGGGUCAGAAGAAUCUUAAGGACAUGAUGAAGGGGGGUGUGAAGGAAUAA